AAGAAGAGUCGGAGAGAAUUUCACAUCACCCAGACUCCAUUCUGUUAUCUGCCCUGUGUGUGGAUGGGUCUCUCUCUGUGCUGCCAACUGUGUGAUAGCAGCACCGCCAGGAAUAGCCGGCCCGCUCCCUCCUCUCUAAUGAAUCUCUCCACCACUCCAUCCCUACGCCUCUCCACACUCCUCCACUCGCCACCCAUUGCUCCUGGCAACCCAUGCUCAUUCUGGAGUGUGUCUGAGACAUCCCCACACCUGCACGUGCGCGAUGGUGGAGCGUGUGUGUGGCGUCAGCCUGUGGAGCAGAGCAGUGACGCCAUCUGGUCCAUUGGUGGGAUCAAGGAGGGGCUUCACCUGUGGGAGGUGACCUGGGAGGCAGACCAAAGAGGAAGCCACGCCCUCAUUGGUGUUUCCACCAGGAAGAGUCCUCGACAGGUUUCUGGUUACACUGCACUAGUGGGCGGAGACUCCAUGUCCUGGGGGUGGGAGCUCUCAUCCAAUCAGCGAUGGCAUAAAGGCAAGGAGGCAGGCAGGUAUCCUGCUGGGGCGGAGCAUCCAAUGGACAUUCCAGCUUGUGUAGUGGUGGCAGUGGAUGCGGACACAGGAACUCUGGGAUAUGUGGUGGAGGGCUGUUAUCUAGGUGUGGCCUUUACUGAUCUACCCAAAGGGGAGGAGCUUUUCCUGGCUGUCAGCUGUGUUUGGGGUGGAGCCAGUAUACAUCUGCGCUACCUUGGCGGCAUAUCUCGUGACCCUCCUGCACUGAUGUCACUCUGCAGUUUGUCCAUUAAUCAGACUUUAGGGCGGAGCAGAGCCUCCUUGACUAAUAGGCUGCCCCUUCCACCUGUCUUGCAGCAUUUACUACAGGAACACCAGUGGCCUGUAAAUACCUCCAAUUAAACAGUGUUUCGACCUAUUUAUUUAAGCUUAUUUUCCUAAAAAAAAAAAGUAAACUUCCUUGAAGUUCUUUUU